UUAGAGUUACCGACAUGUUUUGUAUUUUUUUGUAUUUUUUUUUUACCAUUGUUUUAUAGGGACACACAUUAACAGAUUUCUCCUACAGGGGAUUGAUAAAGAAAAGAAACACUUACUUUACCACAGCAUUGGCCUACUGAAUGUCACAGAUAUAUUUUAAGCAUUGGACUGAAUGCCACAUAAAUAUAUAAUUAUGUUUUUGAACGUUUGCAACGUUUAAAAGUUCAGGGAAAAGUAUAUGCCUCUACUGGUGUUGCUUAGGCCAAUAUCCUUGUGAGGCAGUCCAGUAUCGAUGGCAAUGGUUUAAUUAAUGAUCGCCCCGCCUACCUACAAUUACCGUAAUACCUAAAGCAAAGGCGAAUUUCAUUCUUCUAUUUUUAUAUUUAUAUAUUUAGCCACUUAUUCAUGCCAACUGGUAUACCUUCAUUCUCAAGUUAUCCACAUUCUAUAAACACAAAACCCGGCUAGAGAUGUGUUCAUAUUUCGGUAGCUCCCAUAAUAUGUCCAUAUAUUAGAGACGUAGCGGUGAAAACUGCUACCAGGUUACCACCCAAACGAGAACAGUGGCGGCGGGGCGGGAGACGUGAUGAAGAUACCGGAUUUGUUUAUGGAUAAAGUGAACUAAGUGGACAUCGCUUUGAGACUCUACUAUUGAAAUAAAAAUGCCUUAGCCUACAGCUAACCAGUACUAUCUUGAAGUUGGAAGCAAGUUGGGUUGUUCUCCAUGCAGCACACCCACCAUGGGGUGAUUCUUGAUCGACUACGAUUCCUGAUAAUGAAUCCCUGAAGGAAUAACAAAUGGCUUAUUUCACUUCCAACGACAUCCAACGACAGUGGUACUAGGAGACAUUGGACCACGUCACUAAGUGCGGAGGUGGAUGUUUCUGUCAUGUGUGGGUGAGAGCAGUGCAGCCUUGGAUCCAUCGUGGAACCACAAUCCGCCCGGGCGGCCAGCCUUUGGGCCGGAGACGCUACACACAAGCAACUACUCCCUGGUUCUGUUCAUCCAGCUCAGCCUGCUUUCCUUCGACUUGUUCGUCAACUCCUUCAGCGAGCUGCUGAGGAAAGAGCCUGCUGUCCAGCUUGUGCUCUUCAUUAUACAGGACAUCUCCAUCCUGUUCAACCUGAUCAUCAUACUCUUGAUGCUGUUCAACACCUACGUGUUCCAGAAUCUGCGUUGGCUGAACUCUAACCGAUUUAUUUGGACAGAUGGCCUACAGGUGCUCUUUGUCUUCCAGAGAGUUGUUGCCAUUUUGUACUACUACUUCUACAAGCGAACUACUGAGUACUUGGGGGACCCUCGACUCUACGAAGACUCAUCAUGGCUGCGGGAGGUCUUCGCUCGAGCCAGACAGUGAACCCUUGAGUGGUGGAAGGGGGGAAGGCCACCUUGUUCCAAUUCUAGAGCUGCAAACAACACACUGGCUGGGAGGAAGUUAGCAGUGGAUCAUUUGCAAACUAUACACUGAGAUCGGAAAAGGUGAUUGAUAAGGAAGACCAACACUGGGUAGUUGAUCCAUGGAGUGGGCCAGAAAGAACUUGUUGCUCUUGUAGAUGCUGUUAUACUUGUUUACAUGCUGAGGAUUUAUGUCUCCAGAGUACUCAACUUAUGGUAUACUUUAUUGUAAAUAUUAGAUAUAUGCCUAUUGGAAUUGUUUUAUACAGAUUGUAACGCCAUUUGUGAUAUCUUGUUUCACGUUUGUUAAAUUGAUCAGUCAUUUCAUGGCUAGACUGGCCUCAUGCUACAUGAGCUAACAGUAUUGGUAUAAACUGACAAACUGUCCAAUCUCAUUCACACAUCAAGUCGUCUUUCAAUGAUGUCAGCAUGGACCACAUUUUGUAAUUUCCUUAAUAACUUUUCAUACUUUUGCCCAUUGUAAAACUAUCCCUUAAAAAUCUUUGCACUAAUAAGAAAAAUAGGCAUCAGUAGAAUUGUAAUUGUAUUUUUAUAAUUAUGUUUUUUCAAUUGGUGAUUGAUAUAUCCAGGUAUAUAAAGUAAUUAUCUAAUAUACACAAUAAAACAAAACACAGAAACUGAUGCUUGUUCUAAACUCAACAAAAGAAAAUGCUCAGGUUAAUCAAAUGUUCCUAAUAAAACCUAAAAUAAAAUAGAAUAUAAAUCUUAAGGCUCUGGAGGGAAGUGAACUGAAAUGUUAAAGCUAACAAAUGAACAUGCAUCCCACUCCUAUGUCUAAGUGUUUUACCAAUAAUUUAAUAAAUUAUAAAUUAUAUAGGCACGUCUACAUCUCUGUUUUCCACGUAUUGUGGCCCUGUUAAUUUCAAUAAAAUUAUGAUUAUG